AUGAUUAUCAAUGUUUACCUCAUUAAUAAUAUUGUCCUCCUUCAGCUAGAAAUUGUCUUUUUACUUUUCAUUUCUUUAUUCCUUUCCUUUUUUUUUGAUUUUUUAACUUUUCAUUUCUUUUUUAUCUUUUUACAUAUUUUCAUUUCUGUUUUUACUAACUUUUUUGCUCUCAUUUUUUCUCUUAUUUUUUGUCGUUUUACUUCUUUCUCUUUUUCCUUUUUGCAUUUUUACUUCUCAUGUCUCUUUUUCCUUUUCUUUUUUGCCUUUUUUCUCAUACAUUUUCUUUCCUUUUUUGUCUUUUUAUUUCUCUUUUAUUUUUUGUCACUUUACUUCUUUCUCUUUUUCCUUUUUGCAUUUUUACUUCUCAUGUCUCUUUUUCCUUUUCUUUUUUGCCUUUUUUCUCAUACUUUUUCUUUCCUUUUUUGUCUUUUUAUUUCUCUUUUAUUUUUUGUCUUUUUGCUUCUCCUUUCUCUUUUUCCUUUUCUUUUUGUCUUUUUGCUUCUCAUUCCCCUUUUUUUUAUCUUUUUACUUCUCAUUUCUCUUUUUCCUCUUCUUUUUUGUCUUUUUAUUUCUCAUUUUCCAUUGCUUUUUUUUUCUUUAUUAUUUUCCCCAUUUCCCUUUUAUUUCUCUCCAAUUCGUCUUUUUCUUAUCCUUUAA